AUGGUGGCUGGAUUUUUGGUCGUAGGGGGCUCUCUGUUAAAUUCCUUGACAUGGCCAAAAUCUGAGAUAUACAUUAUGCCCAAACGCAAAGGAAUUUCCGAAACCGAAGAAGAUAAUGUCAAGCAAAAAGCUUUUACCUUUGUUGAUUUGGAGAAUGUAAUCGAGAUGAAGAACAAGAAAACGGUGAAGGUUAAGCCGAUUGAUCGAGAAGUUAACAUUACUCGGAGUGUUCUUCGCUCAGGCUCUGUGGUGAAGGAUACUGCAAACAGUGAGAAACAUCAUGAGGCUGUGGAAGAGAAAAGAAAAGGUGUUUGUAACGGAGAUCUAAGUAAAGGUGACACUUUUAAUGGCGGCGUUGGUUCUAUUGAUGAGGUGAGAGAGGAAAAGGAUUUGGAAUGUCCUGUAACUAAGGAGGCUCAUGAAGAUGAUGAUUUGAGAAGUCAAAUUGAAGUGGAACAUGAGGAUGACAGAUCAGAUGAUGGGAAUGUGAGUGUUGAGCCACAUUUGAAAGUUGAAUCCAAAAGAGGAAGGCCUCGGAAGUUGCAGACCAGCAGCCAAUCUGGUGAUGAUGUGGAGACACAUAUUGGCAUAAGCUGCGUUGAAGAGGAGAAAACAGAAGCAAAGCUUGAUAAUGAAGAGGAGAGAACAGAAGUAAAGCUUGAUCAAGAGGAGAGAACAGAAGUAAAGCUUGAGUGUGGGCAAUCUGCUGAAGAGAAGAAGACUCUUGAAGCUGAUUUUAGGGGUCAGGAAGAUAAAGAGGAGAAAACAGAAGUAAAGCUUGAUAAAGAGGAGAAAUUAGAAGUAAAGCUUGAUAAUAUAGAGGAGAGAACAGAAGUAAAGCUUGAGUGUGGGCAAUCUGCUGAAGAGAAGAAGACUCUUGAAGCUGUUUUUAGGAGGCAGGUUGAGUUUGAAAUUAAGGAUGAUAGAUCAAAUGGUAAGGUUGAGCCACAUGGUGAAGAGCUAAAAGUUAAACGCAAACGCGGAAGGCCUAAGAAGUUCCAGGUCAGCAGUCAAGCUGACGAGAGUGGCUCUAAAACAAACCUUAAACUUGAGGGAACUCCAGAUUUAAGCAGCCAGUCGAGUGUUGACAGACUUAGUUCGAAACCUAAGCGUGGUAGACCCCCAAAGACCAAGGGGACGUCUAUUGGUCUUUACAUAGAAAAGGAGAAUGUUGACUGUGGGGAUGGUAGCACCGUAAUAACGCCGGACCAGAGUGUAAGUGACUCUAUCGAUGAAUCCAGGAGGCCAAGACGUAACAAUGCAGGCAGGGCUAAGGGACUUGAGUCAGAUGAAGGUUAUUGCUGGGGAACGAAGAUGGUACGUAAGCGUGGAAGACCUCCAACUCCAAAGAAGAAGAGGAAAUCUGGAGAGACAGAUGAAUCAGAUUGCAGAGCAACGAAGAGAGUGAAGCUUUGUGAGAGUCCCUUAGAGUCACGGCACAACAAGCCAUUAAGUGAUGGCGAAAUGAUGAUUGGAGAACAGCAAAGUGUAGAUGGGAGUCGGUCUAAAUCAGAAUCUAAGAAAAAGCUGAGUGAUAAGAUACUUCAGUUACUUCUAGCUGCUGGUUGGACAGUUGAACACAGGCCACGAAACGGGAGAGCAUACAAGGAUGCUGUUUAUGUGAAUCCUGAGGGAAAGACUCACUGGUCAGUGACCAAGGCUUAUCAAGGUUAUAAAACAAAUCUGGAAAGCAGCAUGAAGGAUCAAAUGGACUCUACCACUGGCUCUGGUUUUGGCUUGCUACCAGAAGAGGACCUUCACCUUUUAGGGAGAAGAAUUCAGAAGAAAAGGAGCGAUACAGGUAAGCCAAGGCUAAACUGGAAGGACAUUAACACUAGUGGAAAUAUGGUCUCAACAAAGGGAAUAGGAAAAAAAGCUCAGAAGAAACGAAAAGGAAGCCAUGGCUCACAAAACGUAGAGAGAAUCUCGGUGUCAGUCCGGAAAAUAAAGAGGGAAGAAAAACAUAGUAGAAAGCGCGGUGCUCUGUCAGCUCGGAGUUCUUUGGAGAAUGCAAACUCCAUGGAGAAUGGAUACAUUUUAUUUGAAGGGAAACGCACCAUGCUGGGUUGGAUGAUUGAUUCAGGCAUUGUGCCACUUAACGGGAAAGUUCAGUCCACGAACUGCGAAAACACAGAAGUGCGCUUUGAAGGAAUAGUAACUAAAGAGGGUAUUCGAUGCAACUGCUGUGACGAAGUAUUCUCUGUUCUUGAUUUCGAGGUUCAUUCUGGAGGGAAGCACAAGCAGCCGUUCAGAAGUCUGUCUUUAGAGGGUGGGAACUCUCUCUUGCAGUGCUUUCUUGAGUCUUGGAAUAAACAAAGCGAACCUGUGCUUAAAGGGUUCCAUACUGUGGAUUUUGGUAGCGGGGAUCAAAAUGAUGAUACAUGUGCUAUAUGUGGGGAUGGAGGAGAUCUUACCUGCUGUGAUGGUUGCCCGUCAACCUUCCAUCAAAGCUGCUUGGGCAUUAAAAAAUUCCCUUCUGGUGCCUGGUUUUGUUGCUACUGCUCAUGCAAAUUUUGCGAGAAGGUUGAGGCAGCUAAUCAUGACACUACAACUCCAACCCCUUUGUUGAGAUGUCACCUAUGUGAAGAGAAAUAUCACCAAACAUGCAUCAAGGAAGAAGCCAUGGUGCCUGGUGAACAGUCUACUCAUUCAUUUUGUGGAACAUAUUGUCAAGAGCUAUUCGAAGGGCUUCAGUUACUCAUUGGAGUAAAACAUCCACUCCCUGAGGGCUUCUCCUGGACGUUCCUUCGCCGCUUUGAUAUCCCUCGUGAGGUUUCCGACUGUGACAUAUCUGAGAAGAUUGCACAUAAUGCCAAACUGCCUGUUGCAUUUUCUGUUAUGGAUGAGUGCUUCUCACCUUUAGUUGAUCACAGGAGUGGUGUCAACCUGCUUGAAAACAUCGUCUAUAAUUUUGGAUCAAACUUUCAUCGGCUUAAUUACAGCAAUUUUCUCACUGCUGUUUUGGAGAAGGGUGAUGAAAUCAUUGCUGUGGCAUCUAUCAGGAUCCACGGCAAUCAACUGGCAGAAAUGCCGUUUAUCGGAACCCGCUACGUGUACAGGCGUCAAGGGAUGUGUCGUCGACUAAUGAACGGCAUUGAAUCUGCGCUUGGCUCUCUCAAAGUAGACAAACUAGUCAUACCAGCAGUGCCAGAACUAACGGAUACAUGGACUUCAGGCUUUGGCUUCAGGCCUGUUCAUGAAUUAGAGAAGAAAACAAUUCAGAAUCUGAACUUGGUGGUGUUCCCUGGUGUAGACAUGCUGGAGAAACCAUUGGCGAAGGAGAAGAUUGCCAACGGUGAAAAGCUGUUGGCACCUGAGAGGAGCUUGCCUGUAGAUGUUGAGGAAACCAAACCUGAGGAGUCUAAAGACAGUACACACGAGCAAAAAUGUGCAGCUGCUGAUGUAGAACCCACUUCUGACCCAGUUGACAGCUGCUUGAAGUCGAUGAAUGUAGUAGAAGAGGGAGAUAAUGAUGCAGACUCGAAUCUGAAGUUACUCAACGGGUCCUUUGAGGAGAAAGAAGAGAGAAUUGGGAAACUGACAGAUAAAGACGUCGAUUCCCUUCCUGAAACAUCUGAUAACCAAAGAGAAUCUAACUCAGGAGUUGCUGAUGAUUCCCAUACUCCUGCGGAUCAAACAGAUACAAAAGGGCCGGAAAGUGGUGAGUUAGAGGAUAAGACGCGGUUAUCUGAUGACAGCAGCAAAGUUAAAGCUGAUGAGGAUAGUAAGGAGUUAGAUGACCAGUCUGAUUGUUGCAUAGUAGAACAGUCUCAGCCACUUGGUGGUAAUAGUGGUGGUACAGAGAAAACGAUUCGCAAGAAAGCUUUGGUGCUAAAUACAGGAGUAGCUUCCAGACUGCGAGUAUCGCCCCGGUCAUGGAGACCAUCGCGGGUGAGCAAGAGGUACACAGGUACUGAUGCUGUAUUGCUUGACUCUUCGCAUCGCAGGUGUGUUUGA